AUCUAUUUUUAAAAAAAUGACACCAAUACAAUUAUCUAAACAUUUAUUAAACAUUACCGAUAUUGAGGCCGAGGCCAGUCGACUUAUGGAGCCCGGACUCAGAAGCAAUGUAAAUGAUGGGGUGCUUAACAAUGAGACACUGGAGGCUAACGUCGAUGCUUUCAAACAGCUGCGUAUACGUCCCCGAUAUAUGGUGGACGUGUCACAGCGUGACCUAAGUGUCAAAGUGGUCGGCGGCGAUACUAUACCGAUGCCGAUAGCAGGUUCGCCAUCAGCUUUGCACAAACGUUUUCAUCCGGACGGCGAGUUCGCAACCGGCAAAGGUAUUCGUCAAAAGAGCACAGUUAUGAUUUUGAGCAGUUAUUCGUCGAUUACUAUCGAGGAGUUGGCCGCUGCCGAACCCGAUCUAAUCAAAUGGUUUCAAAUGUAUAUAUAUUGUGAUCGUAAUAUGACUAUAGAUUUGGCUCAGCGAGCAAAACAAUCGGGUUAUCGGGCACUGGUACUAACUGUUGACUAUACCACACGAGGUCGCAGAUAUCAUGACAUUAAAAAUCAAUUCAAAAACAUUUACCCAAAAGUCAACUAUAAUAGGUAUAAUGUUUCCCAACUAAGCAAAGUUGUAGCAAAAGACAACGUUUGGCGAGAUAUCCGGUGGUUAAAGGAGACGACAGGACUGCCGAUUGUCAUCAAAGGCAUACUGACUGCUGAAGAUGCGAGACUGGCUGUAGAUAACGGUGCCGAUGCUAUAUUAGUGUCCAAUCACGGAGGACGACAAUUGGACGGAUCACCGGCUACUUUGGAAGCGCUUCCCGAGAUAGUCGAAGCAGUUGGCCGUGAAGUUGACGUCUAUAUGGACGGCGGUGUCCGUACCGGUGCCGAUGUUUUCAAAGCAUUAGCCAUUGGCGCUAAAGUUGUGUUUGUCGGUCGACCCGUAUGUUGGGGACUCAUAUGCAACGGUUCCGAUGGUGUCAGACAAGUGUUAGACAUUUUGUACAAUGAAUUAGACAAUUAUAUGACAAUUGCCGGCACACCCACUGUCGGGGAUAUUACUAGAAAUCAUAUCCGAUAUACAUAA